CGCUGAUGGCACGAUGGCAAGUUCUUGGAUGGCAUCCUCACCGCCUGCUGUUAACUUCAAGUUAGAUGCAGUGGGUGUUCGGAUCGCCUCACCGGGUGCUGCGCCUAUCGUCACCACCGCCGCUGCCGCUGCUGCUGCCGCUGCCGCGAAGGCGAAAGCUGAUGCCGCUGCUGCUACUGCUGCGAAAGCCGCCGAUACCUCAGUCUCGGUGCCGAAGGUCGGUCAAAUCUACAUCAGC